AUGGCCUCAUCUUUCUUUCCUGAGUUUGGCCUCAUGUGGUACCUGGAGGAGCUCAGGAAGGACGAGUUCAGAAAAUUUAAGGAGCUCCUCAAGCAAACGCCUGUGCAGCUUGGACUCCAGCAGAUGCCCUGGGCCGAUGUGAAGAAAAUGGCAAGGGAAGACCUGGCGAACCUACUGGUCAAGCAUUAUGGGGAAGAGCAAGCCUGGGCCAUGACCUUCCUCAUCUUUCAGAAGAUCAACAGGCAGGAUCUCUGCGAAAAGGCCAAGAAGGAGAUUACCGGACACACGAAGGUGUAUCGCGCUCACGUCAAGGAGAAAUUCACCAAGAUGUGGUUCAGAGACUCUGUCACCAGGAUUUAUGAUCACUUUGAGAAGAAACUCGCCCCCAAAGAACGCGAGUAUCUGGAGUCUCUUUUUGCUCCCAAGGAAACCGGGAAACGGACGGUGGUCCUUAGAGGAGUCCAGGGGGUCGGGAAGACAACAGUCCUGGUGAAGCUGAUGUUGGCCUGGGCAGAGGGCACUGUCUACCAGGACAAGUUCUCCUACAUCUUCUACUUCUGCUGCCGGGAAGUGAAGCAGAUGACAGCAACCAGCUUGGCUGCGCUGAUUUGUAGAGACUGGUCCCACUCCCUCUCCCCAGUCGCGGAGAUCACAUCUGAACCAGAGAGACUCUUGUUCAUCAUCGAUGGCUGUGAAGAACUGCAGUGCAACCUGAAUGAACCUGAGGCGGAUCUAUGCAGCGACUGGAUGGCGGAGCGGCCUGGCCACGUGAUCCUGAGCAGCUUGCUGAGAAAGAAAAUGCUUCCCGAGUCCUCGCUGCUCAUUGCCGCUGCGCCCACGUACCUGAAGAGAAUCGAGGGCAGGCUGGAGCAGCCUGAGAUCAAAACACUUGGGGGGUUCCGCGAGAGUGAGAGGAAGCUGUAUUUCUGCUGCUUAUUCCAAGACAGGAGUAGAGGCAUUGAAGCCUUCGGUUUUGUUAGAGACAACGAACAACUCUUUUCCAUGUGUGAAAUCCCCAUUCUUUGCUGGGUUGUGUGCACUUGUCUAAAGCAGGAGACAGAAAGAGGGCAAGAUCUGGCCCUGACGUGCCGACGGACCACCUCCCUUUAUUCCUCUUUUGUCUUGAACCUGUUCACCCCCAAGGGGGCCAGUCGUCCAGACAGGCAAAGCCAAGGCCAGCUGCUGGGCUUAUGCUCCCUGGCUGCCGAGGGCAUGUGGACUGACACAUUUAUAUUCAGUGAAGAGGAUCUCAGGAGAAAUGGGUUAGUUGAUUCUGAUAUCCCUGCAUUGCUGGACGCCAAGGCUCUUCACAGGCACAGGGACACUGAGAACUCGUACACCUUCCUCCACAUGAGCAUCCAGGAGUUCUGUGCCACCCUGUUCUAUUUCAUGAAGAGUCACGCCGACCAUCCUAACCCAGCUGUGGCAAGUACAGAGACACUGGUAUCGACCUAUUUAAAGAAAGUAAAGAUCCACUGGGUUUUUCUGGGGUGUUUCAUGUUUGGCCUUUUAAAUGAAAGAGAACAACAGAAGCUGGAGGCAUUUUUUGGCCCUCACCUGCGCCAGCAGGAGAUACAGCAGACGUUUCGGCAGUACUUGCUGAGCGUGAGUGAGAGCGAACACCUCCAGGGACAGGUAGAUUUCUUGGCGUUAUGUUACUGUCUGUUCGAGAUGGAGAAUGAAGUUUUUACAGAGUGGGCAGUGAACCUCUUCCAAGACGUGCACUUUGUUAUCAAUGACAAGUUGGACUUGGUGGCUGCUGCCUAUGGCUUAAAACACUGUUCUGCCUUGAAGACACUUUGUUUUUCCAUCCAAAACGUCCCUUUAGAAGAGGGCGCAGACACCGCCACGUCAAGUAACCCCUUAGUUUGUUGGCAUCACAUCUGCUCCUUGCUCGUUACAAAUGAGAACCUCAGGAAACUUCAAGUGAGUGACAGUAACCUCCAGGAGUCGGCCUUCAUAACUCUGAGCAGUCAUUUGAAGCAUCCCUGGUGUCGCCUUCAAAAACUGCUGAUGAAUAAUGUUACCUUCUCUGGUAAUAGCUGGCUUUUCUUCGAGGUGCUCACUCAUAGCCCAGAUUUGAAACACCUGGACCUCAGCGGCACAAGUCUCUCCCGCGACGACGUGGCACUGCUCUGUAGCGCCUUGACCAACUCAGCGUGCAACAUAGAGAGGUUACUGCUGGCCAACUGUGGCCUCCUACCCGAGGACUGUGAAGGCUUCAGAUGUGUCCUGCAGGAGAACAAGAAGCUGAGGCUUCUUAACCUAUCCUGCAACUACCUGGACACAGGGCUGUCCCUGUUGUGUGAAGGCUUGUGCCACCCAACCUGUGUCCUGGAGGCCUUGCUGUUGGCCUGCUGCUACCUCAGUGAAGAUGUCUGGGGGAGCCUGCCUGAAGUUCUUCGGUGUAACCAGACCCUGAUCCACCUAGACUUCAGCACAAACAUCCUGAAACACGAAGACUUGAACCUUUUGUGCGAGGCCUUGAUGCAGCCAGGCUGCCACCUGAAGUCACUAUGUUUGGUAAACUGUUUCAUAACUGCUGAGGGCUGCCGGGACCUCUCUUUGGUCUUCACCAGAAACCCAAGCCUGAGAAAUCUGCAAAUCGGUCGCAACAACAUAGGAGACGAUGGUGUGAGGCUGCUGUGCAAAGCUCUGGUCCAUCCCACGUGUCACUUACAGAUUCUCGGGCUGGGAGCCUGCACGCUGACCAGCGCCUGCUGUGAGGACCUCGCCUCUGUGCUGAUCGGCAGCAAGACUCUGAGAAGACUCACCCUGACAGGCAACGCCUUGGACCACAGAGGGGUGCUCGUGCUGUGUCGGGCGCUGAGACACCCCGAGUGCAGGCUGCAGACGCUGGGGCUAAAAAAGGCUGAAUUUGAUGAGGAAACUCAGAAACUUCUGACGGCCGAGGAAGAGAGAAAUCCCUCCUUGGAAAUCAUAGAUGAGUGA